UCUCUCUCUCUCUCUCUCUCAAGUCGCAGUUCACAGGGGCUGUCAGACUUUUAUCGCCGUCGCGUCGCCGAUAAUAAGGUUACGACUUCAAGCAGAGUAUAAAGGUACUAGUCUUAUGUCUCUUAACCAGCCCGACUCACAGGAGGGCCGCACGGACGAUCUAAGGGACAGACUUCAUGGUCCUCGCUACCCCUUCUCCCAUGAGCGUGGCACUAUAAUUUCUUCACCUACUUACGAGUACGCGCCUCAGUUCGUUAGGCGCGGGCCGAGGAUGUCCGCUCACCUGCUCCUCCACCUGGCCGCCGCACUCCUCCUUAGCACAGGUGUGCGUGCCUACAGCGACAAGACGGUGGAGAUCGUGGAGCUGGUGGUGCCGGAGUCCCCCAAAGAUGGCGAGGACGUCACGCUCACCUGCUCGUUCCACUUGGUGGGCAAGAACCAUCGCCUCUACACCGUCAGCUGGUGGCGCGGCAAGGACCAGUUCUACACGUACAAGGGCACCACCUCGCACGACCCCAAGCACGCCUACACCUUCCGCGGCAUCCAGGUGAAGGUGGACGAGUCAACAGAGAGGUCUGUGGUGCUCAAGAACGUCUCGGAGGAAACAUCCGGGAUCUUUAAGUGCGAAGUGAUGGGCGAGGGUCCCUCCUUCCGCACGGCUGUGGAGACCAAGGCGAUGAACGUCGUAGUAACACCAAAACUGGUGGAGAUCCACACACGGCCGUUCCUCGAUCCUCCAGUGUUCCACAUCGGGGAGCGAGUCAACCUCAACUGUACAGCGACCGGCGCCAAGCCGCGUGCACACCUCGUCUGGGAGAUCAACGGCCAGCCGGUGAAAGAACAAGUGUCUCGAUACCCAGACUUCGAGGACCAGAGGGGCCGCGUCACUUCGACCGUCAGAAUCAGCUGGGAACCCCCGGCGUACUUCCUUAAAGGCAUAGCCCACGUAGCAUGCCACGCGCUGGUGGGCGGCCACACCACCACCGCCACCAAGGAGAUCUAUCUUGACCCCGCCUCUAGCGCCGCCUUCAACCACCAGUACGCUUCCGCAGGAUGUCAAUUGCCGACCACUUGGGCGAUCCUGAGUCUGGCGUCCUUCCUUCUCGCCCGCCCCUUCCCUAUAGGACGCCACCGGCCCUAGUCUCUGGCAGCGGGAGGGAAACUCAUGGAAUGCUUAGAGAACCGCGAGGAAAAAUAACACAAGAACGCCCUUUUGCAGUCUUCAGUGAGUCUCAGCUUGCCACGACCAUUCAUCACCGCGCGGCUGCUGCAUGACGCACUGAAUCAAGCUAACGCGGAGGGAGGGAAGGAAAGAGAGGCUAGGAUGGGAGCAAGGCCACAUUCAGUAGGAACUGCGCGGUGUCGCCUGGCCGCACAACUGUCACGUGACACACUUUCAUCAACAGAAACAUUAAAUUGUUAGAUAGGUGAUUCAUUCUCACUGUAAUGCUUUAUUUCGCUUAUGUGAAGCCGACCGCCCAGUGGAGAGCGCAGCAUGUGGUUCAGGGAGUGCCAAUGACGGUCUGAUAACAAAGCCACAUGAUCUUUCGAUGAGCUCCUUGGCCUCGCUCCGUAUCUUUGCCUUCCAGCGAGCUGAACAUUGCUUGGAUCGGUGAAAGACGUGCCCCAACAUGUGUGUGUGUGUGUGUGUGUGUGUGUGUGUGUGUGUGUGUGUGUGCGUACACGCAUGAAAGCCUGAAAGGUUUUUAGCUGCGUGCGUAGUACCAUGACGGUUGUGCUGCUUUGUGAGUGAGGUGGAACAGGGUGCGCAUCGUUCUAUUCUACGCUGCCAAAAGUAAUACUCAGCUUGACAUGUCGGAGUGAAGAGGAACUCAAAACCGCAAAGCUUGGAAAGGAUUGUGUCGCUCAUGGGGAGCCGCCACCCUCUCAGUGGUCGUGCAUAUUCUUACUAUGAAGUGGAAGCAAACUGACGACGGGACAAACGAAGGUCUCUACUGUGAGUGGUGCCGCCCCGUCCCCUUCGCUGUGCCUCAGACGCUUAAUCGUCGGGACGAUGUCUAUCAGCUAGCAAGUCUAAACACGCGUUAGGAACCAAAAAUUAACCCUUUUUUAGUACUCAAAUGCGGCUUCCUAAGAAUCGUCGAGCAAGGCAAGUUGUCAAUAAUGGGAAAAAAUUUCUAACACGUGGUUAGCUUGAGGCGAGCGGCAGUGGAGGGCCCUCGCGGCGGUCUAGGAACUGACGGACCAGAUAACGCGUCCAAAGACUUUUGAAUUCCGAAUAGAGGAUCUCUCUCUCUCUCUCUCUCUCUCUCUCUCUGUGUGUGCUACAUUUGGCUGACAUCUCUGAUCGUUAGCAGUAAUGUCUAUAUAUUAAAGCUAGACCGCGUUAUUAUACCAAAGUGUUAACGUUUCAGUUGACAUCACUACACGCUGAGCGGAAACCCGUCGUUCUAGUGUUGUUCUAUAAUAAAUCAAACUCAGAAACCACACCACAGCUAUAACAAAAAUAAUAUAAAGUAAAUGUUUGUGACUUUUUUUUUUUUCAUUAGUUCAACAUCAACAUCAAUAUAUCAUUUAUUGGCCUUAUGCGAGUCUAGUCCGUCUUACCCGCACAUUCUCCUGAAGACAACCACAGGGGAUGGCGACGGCAGUGAAUCUAAAUUAGGAUAAAGAAGGAUGAAAACCAUCAUAAGCGAAAUAAAAUUUAACAACAGAAGACAUCAGCUCAAUAGCUCUUGACAACCUCCAUGACGUCCUCCAUACAUUUAUUUAGGCUUCGCAUCUGAGUGGCAUGUCCCAAGGCCGCGGUGUGCUCAGACCGUGGCAGCGACGUCACGUUUUCUUUGUUCACCCUGACUGACUUAGCUGACGUGACAGCCCUUCACUUCUCCGUGACGUAUUUUGCUCAAAGCCUAGUACUACCUGAGCCUCACAGUGGAACAGACAAUUUAAAAGACACCAGACGAGAAAAGUUGGUGCUAAAGACACCUGAAGUGAAGAGUCUAACUUUAAAGGAAUUGGAAAACUAAAGCUACCUUGGUGUCAGAAAAUUAAAGUAAUGAAAAGGAUCGCUUAAACAGCUCUUUCAACACCUUACCCUCCAAAACUUAAAUAUUCGUAUGCUAUGAGAGCAGGGAAGGCAAGUCCCCCGUUACUGAGCCGCGGUGCCGGGCAGAGCCUCGCCAGGCCCACAACGCUCUGCCAGCGGCACCAUAUACCCGGACUCACGGAUACACAUUCUGCAACACACGCCUCCCAAGAUACGCAGUUUUACCCUGAGUACCGUCGCUGUGUCCUCCCGCUUCCUGGGGUGCGGCUCCCGCCCGCCUCCCCCGUAGCGCACUUAUAAUCAUUACUGCACAUACCUGUACAUACGUAAAAAUAUAUACCUCUCACUUUACAUCAUUCUUCAUGUGUAUGUAUCCUACCCAAUAGAUCAUACCCAGUCUUGUAUAAACAAUAAAGAGUACAUUGUGUAUAUGUAGUGAAGGUUGUUUCUUUCUUAUCUGAGCCAAAUGUGUCAGUUCAUUCUGCACCUCCCUGUCCCUCGCACCCACCCUCGACACCACGGCCACGCCGUGUCGCGGCUGUCUCCCCCUACCUGAAAGUCCUUGGACGUACGUCAGAGAAACAUGAGGACUGGCCAUCGCCUCCUGUAGUCGUGACACAGUCUUGUUGGGCUUCAUGUUUGUUACUUUAAGGCAGACUCACGGAAAUUUGCUAAAUUUGCUAGUUAAACGUUAGUUUUUAUUUCAUCCAUUAAUAAUAUUACACUCCCAAUGUGUCACCAAUACAAGGAGGGUGGCCAGCCUGUGUCCUGGAGUUAUGUAUCCCCGAGCGGUCCCCGGGGCCAGGCUGGGGGACGGCCGAGCACACACCGCUUCAGUUGUCUUUUGUUAGUUUUUUUACUGAGCCGGAAAUGAAAGCUUUCAUAACAGGGACAGAUCGGGACAGAUGGCUUGACUCAUGAUUUGUACAUAAAUAAAGAGAAGCAACAACACUAAGAUGUACGGUUUCGCUUCACACCGAAGCCAAAGCUUCUUAAUACAGUAAAACAUGAUGUCAAUUGUCACUUGCUCUUCCAUAGAUAGGGACAAUUUUUUCAGCACAUUUACAACACAGUGUUACGUUACGAUGAGCAUAGAAUGUGUUACCAACACGCUUAGUCCCGUUCCUUUUGUUUCCGAACUUUUGAUUUGUGUAUUCUGUCACCUCAGACACGUUUGUACAAGCUUCCCCAAAAACCUGAUGGAGAAACCAUGUGUUUUCAAAUAUGUCAAUAAAGAAGAUGAGUCUG